GGUCACGUCUGCCCGUAGCAGAGCCGCGGUCUGCGGUUGAUGUGACUCCUCGUCGGCCCGAAACCUCGGGCCGCCUUCUUCUUCUGUGCGUGUGCAGGUCUUGCCUUUCCUCCGUCGUCGCCCUCCUCCCCCCUGCCUCGGCAGUCAGCGGCUCGCAGUGAAGUUGGAGGAAGGGGAAGGGAGGGCGGAGGGGGAAGGAAUCUUGGCAUUUAUUUGAUACGCAGUCAGCAGCCUGGGCCUGCUUUGUACAGCUCUGUCGUCUUUGACAGCAAAAGGAAAAAAAGAAAAACCUCCUGUGGUGGAAGGAGGGGGGUGCGUGUGUUCAUUUUUCUUGGUGGAAGACGAAGGAAAACAUCUUCAGGGUCUGUGAGAGAAGGGAUGGAAGCACUGAACUGCUGCAGUGUGUCGAGAAUGCGUGUGUCCUUGAGGACCCUUACCUUACUCUGGGCACUGGGGCAGACCAUCUCUGGAACAAAUCAGGCUUGGAUAAAUGGAGCUGUCUUCUGCAGAACUCCUGCCUGAUUUCCUGGGACAAUUUGAAAAAUAUUUUGGAUAUAAUACGAGGAGGAGCUGGUUCUGGGGACUGAACAGCAACUGAUUAUUAACACUGGACAAACUCUUUAUGCCUGAGAGACUAAUGUCUUCUGCACAGGAUUUGUUUGUGAUGUGCUUCUGAAAGAAGAACUGAGAAUCCAUUACAUACUUACACUUUUGGGAAAACUCUCCUCCUAAUGUAUUUUGCAAACUAAUUGAAUUAUCGUAGAAAUUCAACAUGGGAGGAGCUGUGAGUGCUGGAGAAGACAACGAUGACUUAAUUGAUAACUUGAAAGAAGCUCAGUACAUUCGCACUGAGAGUGUGGAGCAAGCCUUCAGAGCAAUUGAUCGUGGUGAUUAUUAUCUGGAAGGAUACAGGGACAAUGCUUAUAAAGACUUGGCCUGGAAGCAUGGAAAUAUACACUUGUCAGCACCUUGCAUUUAUUCCGAAGUCAUGGAAGCACUGAAGCUUCAGCCUGGAUUAUCUUUUCUAAAUCUGGGUAGUGGAACCGGAUACUUGAGUACAAUGGUGGGAUUAAUAUUAGGACCUUUUGGGAUAAAUCAUGGAAUAGAGCUUCAUUCAGAUGUGGUAGAAUAUGCCAAGGAAAAAUUGGAGAGCUUCAUAAAAUAUAGUGAUAGCUUUGAUAAAUUUGAGUUCUGUGAACCUGCCUUUGUGGUUGGUAAUUGUUUGGAAAUAGCCUCAGACAGUCAUCAAUAUGACCGGAUUUACUGUGGAGCUGGAGUCCAGAAAGACCAUGAAAACUACAUGAAAAUUUUACUGAAAGUUGGAGGCAUUUUAGUAAUGCCUAUAGAAGAUCAGAUCUCAAAAGGCUUUACAAAGCUAACACAAAUCUUGAGAACGGGACAGAACACGUGGGAAAGUAAAAAUAUCCUUGCUGUUUCAUUUGCUCCACUAGUACAACCAAACAGAAAUGACAACGGCAAACAUGACACUGUGGGACUGCCUCCAUGUGCUGUUAGGAAUCUCCAGGACCUAGCUCGAAUAUAUAUUAGACGCACCCUUAGAAACUUCAUAAAUGAGGAGAUGAAAGCCAAGGGUAUUGCUCAGAAGGCUCCUCCGAAACGAAAACGCAGGAGAUGUCGUAGACGCAGGAUUAACACCUAUGUGUUUGUUGGUAAUCAGCUCAUUCCUCAGCCUCUAGAUAGUGAAGAAGAUGAAAGAAUGGAAGAUGAUAACAAAGAGGAGGAGGAUAAAGAUCACAGUGAGGCCUUGAAGCCAGAAGAGCCUCCUCGAAAUCUGUUGAGAGAGAAAAUUAUGAGUCUACCAUUACCUGAAUCUUUAAAAGCAUACUUGACCUAUUACAGAGAGAAAUAACUUGUUUUAAGUAGAAAUAAUGCCUACUGAUAGUUCCUUUAUUCUUGAAAAUGUAGCAUUUAUUAAGAAGUAGGUGGACAAAUUAUUAUUAGUCUUUCAUCAAGACUGAAGUACAGCGAUAAAUUGUAACUUGUUUCUAUCUUGUCUUUGCUACAAAGGAAGACUUAUGUUCAACAGUAGAAUCCCUUUUUAAAAAUCUAUUUUUCUUUAAAUUUUGAAAAUGCUGUUUUAACUCUGAUAGAAAUAUAUAUUCCAUUAUGCAGCACUAAUCAAUAUUUUGCAUGGUAAGUCUCUUUUGAUCCCUAACAGAUUUGUAUUGAUAAAAGGAUGAGUGAAAUUUUAUAUAUGCUAAAUAAUUGUUAAACAUGUGCAUCUGACUUGAUGAGCAAUUUGUCUGUAUUUAUUAUUACUAGGGGAACAUUUUAAACAUGCAGACACUUAUCCUCUAAUGUCAGAAUCAGACCCUUUUAAAGUUUAUUUUACUAUGGCUUUGUUGCAAUCAUUAUUACUAUGUUGGUAUAGAUGUAUUCCAACAACACAAGUGCAAUAAAUGUAUACAGACACUGAAUGAGCUGGCUUUAAUGAAAUACGAAAAUACAAGUUCUGAAAUGUCAGAUGACCCUGCUACUUCUGCAUUUAUAUCUUUUGCCAAAAGAUCUUAAAAAGUAACAGCUUCUCUCAGAGCCUUAAAGAAACAUCAUAUUGAGUAAGAAGCAAAGCGAUGCUUACUUCAGCUCUGCUUAUAUUUAACUCCAUUCUACACUUUAGGUGUUUCUAACUAGAGUCACUUCCUCAUUUGUAGGAAGUUUAGGAUAGUACUUUUUGUUUAUUUCUACAGCUCACAGCAUUGAGUCAAAAUGUUUGGUAAUACAAGAUUGUAAUUUAAAUAUCAGUCAUCUAUAUUUACUGCUUUUAAGUAGAGUUAGAAUUUCAACGAAGUUUAGUUUGUAUUGCUUACUGGGAUAGCUAUAAUAGUAGAAGUUAGAAUUUGUUCAGCAAAUGCACUUUAGUAAGUGAGUUUUAUACUUAACAUGCAUCUCCAAGAAGGUAGACUUGUGCUAGCCUAUAUUUUGUUUCUGAGCAUGGCUCUUAGCACAAAAGUAUUUAUAAAAUCAUAUGCAUCUUUUGGAAACCUAAGAGUAGCAGUGCAACUGUGGGGACCCACAAUAGUGCUGACUUAAAUCCUUCUAUGAUUUUUUCCUCUUCUAGUUGUGAAGUUACUUGCAGUUCUCAUUUUUAACUUUGUUUGCUUUUACCAUCUUAAUUUCUUUAUUCUCUGUUGUAACAUAACCAUGAGGGAAAACACUGUUUAUUAAGAACUUGGCAUGAUAUGCAUUAAAAGCCACAAUCAUUGGAAACAUCUGCCCGUUGGACGUGGUGAAAAACAUUCCUCUUGAAAUACCCUGCACGAUACAUUUUAUAAUAUUGGUAACAUUUUUUUGUGUCAUAACAAUAAAACAAAAUAAUCACAUCUUUCUAAAACAGUAAAUGGUCCUAGUCCAAGUAUUUCUAACCAGCCAAUAUUCCUGUGGUCUAACAGUCCAAUAUUGACUUCAAAAUAUAUAAGCAUUUUGUUGGAUCUGAGAAGGAAGAUAAUACAUAAUCCCAUGACACUGACUCUUUAUGGUGCAUUUAAUGCUUUAGUCCCUGUUUUUUAAGGUACAUCAUAGUAACGUUUUAAGUGGAACUUCAUGAAGGCCUGUUUUACCAGCAUGUGGAGUUACUUUCCGCAAUAUAUUUACAGCAUAAGUAAACAAAACUAUUUGAAAUAAAUAUUCUGACUUUAUUUUAAAAGAAGGAAAAACUAAUAAGAAAUAGUUUUCCAAAAUAAUGAUACUAAUAAAGUAAUUGUGAUGCUUCAGCUAUAAGAAUUGAACAUAAUCUUGGUUUAAAUGGAUUAUUUUAGACAGAGCUUGAGUAAUCUGAAGUUUGAGAUGUUUUUUGUCUCUCCUUUUCUUGGAAUCUACAUCCAUAAGCUCAAGAGUAUGAGAUUGCUAAAUAUUACUUAAAUACUUUAAGGACUCUAUACAGGAUGCUUUUGGAGAAUAAAUUUCUGCAUUCUUUCACGCCUGUGUACUUGGAAAAAUGGACAGCAGAUGACUUGUCGUGAUUCUUCAGUAUGUAAGUUUUUUUGAGUCACUGAAAGAGAAUGUUUCUUCUGUGUUUAUAUGUGGAUUUAUUUUACACUCUUGAAUUUAUAUUUACAUAAAUAAAAAGGUAGAAAUGCAAAACAAAUUAAAACUUAAUUUUUGCCAUCUCAGUUGAUGAUGGGGACAUUGUUGCAAUAAAAUGGUUUUUUCGGUGGUUUCUGCUUGCUUGAAUUUCUGUGUUUCUGUGCAAGUAUUCUCAGUUAUUUGGAAAUUCGGAUACCAGUUUGUUCAUAGUUAGGUCAGUAUCUUAUUAAU